UUGAAGAUUCUGAGCAAGAAAACAAUAAAAAGGGUUUAGUAACUGUUGAAGAUGAACAAGCAUGGAUGGCAUCUUAUAAAUAUGUAGGUGCCACAACCAACAUACAUCCGUAUUUAUCAACAAUGGUCAACUAUGCUCAGCCUGUAAAAUUUCAAGGUUUCGACAUAGCAGAAGAACGUAAUAUUCAUCAUAACAUGUCUUCUUUCAAUGAAUCAGUUGGACUAGGGUAUUUGAAGACUCAUGCCAUUGAGUUUGUGAAUUAUAAUAAACGACAAAUGAGUCGGAUAUACCCAAAGGGAGGCCGAGUGGAUUCCAGUAAUUACAUGCCUCAAAUUUUCUGGAACGCUGGCUGCCAGAUGGUCUCACUGAACUAUCAGACCCCAGAUUUAGCAAUGCAGUUGAAUCAAGGAAAAUUUGAAUAUAAUGGAUCAUGUGGCUAUCUACUUAAACCAGAUUUCAUGCGCCGACCGGAUAGAACAUUUGACCCUUUCUCUGAAACUCCUGUAGAUGGUGUAAUUGCUGCAACGUGUUCUGUACAGGUAAUAUCUGGUCAGUUUUUAUCAGAUAAAAAGAUUGGUACGUAUGUAGAAGUGGAUAUGUACGGCUUACCCACGGACACAAUACGUAAAGAAUUUAGAACACGCAUGGUGAUGAACAACGGUCUGAACCCUGUUUACAAUGAAGAAUCAUUUGUAUUUCGAAAGGUUAUUCUCCCUGAUCUUGCUGUCCUGAGAAUAGCAGUAUAUGAUGACAAUAAUAAGUUGAUCGGUCAGAGGAUCCUGCCUCUAGAUGGUCUACAAGCAGGUUACAGACACAUUUCACUUCGAAAUGAGGGCAACAAACCACUCUCUCUUCCGACGGUUUUCUGCAACAUUGUGCUUAAAACAUAUGUGCCUGAUGGUUUUGGAGAUAUUGUGGAUGCUUUGUCAGAUCCAAAGAAAUUUUUGUCUAUUACAGAAAAAAGAGCAGACCAAAUGAGAGCUAUGGGUAUUGAAACUAGUGAUAUAGCUGAUGUACCAAAUGACACUUCAAAAAAUGAUAGAAAAGGGAAAGCUAAUAACGCCAAAGCAAACGUGACUCCUCAGAGUAGCUCUGAGCUUCGACCAAGUACCACAGCAGGCUUUGGGUCUGGGACCGAUGCUAAGAAAGGUAUAGACCUAAUUCCUCAAGUGAAGAUAGAAGAUUUAAAGCAAAUGAAGGCUUACAUAAAACAUUUAAAGAAACAGCAGAAAGAGCUGAAUGCCUUAAAGAAGAAGCAUGCAAAGGAGCACAGCGCUAUGCAGAAGUUGCACUGCACACAAAUUGACAAAAUAGUGGCACAAUAUGAUAAAGAAAAGGUAUCAUACGAGAAAAUGUUAGAGAAGGCAAUCAAGAAGAAGGGAGGAAGUAAUUGUGUUGAAUUGAAGAAAGAAACUGAAAUUAAAAUUCAGGCACUAACGUCAGAUCACAAGUCUAAGGUCAAAGAGAUUGUGGCACAGCACACUAAAGAGUGGUCUGAGAUGAUCAAUACGCAUAGUGCGGAAGAGCAAGAAAUCCGUGAUUUACACUUGAACCAACAGUGUGAACUACUGAAGAAACUGCUGAUUAAUGCUCAUGAACAACAGACCCAGCAGCUAAAAUUUUCACAUGACAGGGAAAGCAAGGAGAUGCGUGCAAACCAGGCAAAAAUAUCUAUGGAGAACAGCAAAGCCAUAAGCCAAGAUAAAUCUAUCAAAAACAAAGCAGAAAGAGAGAGGCGAGUCAGAGAAUUGAACAGCAGCAACACGAAAAAAUUCCUGGAAGAGAGAAAAAGGCUUGCAAUGAAACAGUCAAAGGAAAUGGAUCAGUUGAAAAAAGUUCAGCUUGAGCAUUUAGAAGUCUUGGAAAAGCAGAAUGAGCAGCUUUUGAAAUCCUGUCAUGCAGUGUCUCAAACACAAGGCAAAGGAGAUGCAGCAGAUGGUGAAGCUGGAAGCAGAGAUGGAUCGCAGGCCAGCAACAGUGGUCUAAAGCCUCAACAUGCAAAUUGAAGCUGGAGAACAUAGCAUCCUUAAAAUGAGAGCAAAAUACAAAAUGUUAUUGCUGAGGUAGAAAAGUCAGUUUUUAUUUUAUUUUAUUUUUUAAUAUAGAAAGUAUAGCUAUGGACCACAGAGUUUUAAGUUUGCAUUGUUUUGUUUUAACACUGGGCACUGAAUUUCCAUUGUUGGAUUUCCAUGAUUAGAGUUUCCUUUAUUCAGAAAAACACUAAUCAGAAGAUGAAGAGUUUGUAAACCGUCCUAUAUUCCUUUUGGUAUUUCAGCAGACAAGUUGUCUGCAUCAGAAUUACACAGUCGGAGCCUUGAAACACAAGAGAUAUUUUUAACAUCAUCUCAUAUGGCAACAAAAUUAUAGUCAAGUUGUUAUUUACCAUUUGUGUUCCCAUGUGUGCUAUAUCAUGUAGAAACCCCGUGCUGCCACAUCCCAACAAGUGACUUGUCAGAUGUCAUCAAGCCCAUUCAGCUGGAUCUUUUUUCUAGGUCAGAGUAAUAACAUUCGUCCCAAUCACUCUAAUGAGUAGAGUCUGGGCAAUUCUUAGUUAUAUUUCAAAGUAUUUUUCAGGCAGCAGGCAGUAAGCAAUUGAAAAUUGUGUAUCUUUGAAGUACAGUAUGUACUAAGCCAUCCAUCAAAUUUACCAACUGUAACAGUAACUUCACAGGAUAUUUCUGCUGUCCUGUAACGUCAUUCACAAGUGCCAUAUCAACCCUGUCAUGUCUGAAAGAAGAUAUAUCCUGUGUAAGUUACUGCAAUGGUUAGCAUGAAGGAAAUACAGUGUAUUUGUGCCAAAAUUGCUCAGUGCUCUAAGGGAUUGUUUUUAGGCACUUUAAGAAAAGUUUACAUCGUAUGUUGCUUGUACAGAAGUUGCAUUUUGAUCCUGUUGCUGCAGAUCCCAGAUAUUACAGUUCAUUGUAACUUAAAGAUCGUUUUAAUGGCUUUUGCAAAAAGUUUGUAACUGUGAAAAUGUAAAAAGUAUUUAUACACUUCAGAAUCAUGACAUUGUAGAAAAAAACACAUACAUGUUGCCACGUGAUAAAACUAGUAAACAGAAAUGCUAAGAGUACGUUUGCAUGUGAUACAAACACUAAUAAGACAGUAAUGCCUACUCUGUGACCACAGUCAUUCUACUAGCUGGUAAAAACUGAAUAAAUGUAUGGCACAGAAUCUUGUUUGAUUAAUUACAAAGACCUUUAGCAUAAAAAGGUCUCUCUAUGUAUGUGUGUAUAUUAAUUACAUGGGCAUUCUUGAUACUUCUAGUAAAAGAAAAGUACAUAAGUAAUUUAAUUUUACACAAAAGUAUUUAUGCAGAUUUUCAGAAUUUCAUAUCAGGAAUAAUCUUUUUAUGCCCAUUAAAUACAAAAACAAUUUGCUAAUGUGUUAAUUUGCAUGUUUCCAAAGCUUGCUGUAGUUAUUGCAAAACAAUGCAUGUAAGCAUUCUGCUUGGAACUUGCCCAUGCUGCCAAUUCGAAGAUGACUGCAUGGAAAAAUGGUAGUUUAGAACAAAUCAGAUUCCUGAUUUCAAUGUACUAAGCACCACCUACUUUGUUGUAUAUGCCUGUACAAAUGAAUUCUACAUAUUCCUAUAAACAAAAUAAAUGAAAAGAGAUAAUUAUGUUAUUGUCAGUCCUGAGAUGAAACUUUCAACUUCUCUAAUAAAAUUUUAAAAUUCGAAA